AUGAAGUGUUUGUUGGUAGCCAGCGAAAGCGCAGAGGUGCUGUUUUACUGGACCGAUGCUGAAUUUGAACGGAAGAUUCGGGAACAGUAUGGGGCUUCUCAAGAGGAGGGCGAAAGACCUCCAGCGUUUGAGGACAGCCUUAACACACUGUUCGCUCCAAUCAUCAUCUCCUGUAUCACCAUGAUUGACAGAUUGGGAGACAGCUACACCUCUUUCACUACAGACAACAAUCAUGUCUAUGUACUGCAUCAGUUUGAAGAGUGCCUGUACAUUGCUGUAAAUGGAGAUGGGCAGGAGAGUGAAGAAGACCUGAAGAGAAAGAUCUAUGUGAUGAAAAAGCUCACGCAGGUCAUGUUUGGAAUGAUGACGCUCAGCAGCGCCCUCUUGAGGAAAGAACUCCGCCCUCAAGACACGGAACAGAGGACCCGGAUAUGGAAGAAGCUGCAAAGCCUCCUUGAAACAUACAGCCGUUUACGAGAGCAAGACCAGAGCUUUUUAGUGGAAGCUGUGGCGAGGCUAAUCCAUCCCACUCUGUGUGAGCAGUGUAUUGAGUUUCUCGAGCGCCGUCUGGUCCAGCAGAUUAACACCAGUGCAGACAGGGCUGGAGAGGAGGUGUUGCAUGCUUUUAUACUGGUGCACACUAAACUUCUGGCUUUCUACUCCAGUCGUAAUGCCAGCAGUCUUACCACCUCUGACCUCCUGACCCUCAUCAUCAUGGUGCAGGACCUGUAUCCUAGCAACAGCGACCUUGACGAAACCGCCCCUGAGGAUGUGGAACACAAUACAGCACCUGAAAUUUUCUACACACCAGAACCAUCACCUACUGAUCAAGACUCUGGUCAGAUGAGUGGAGAUUGUCCUCCUGUUUUCCAGUUUGUUGAUCCAGACAUUCAGAUGGCAGAGGACAGUCUGCAAACACUCGAGGUCCCGCCUCCUGACCCUGCGACCCCAUCCCGAGUUUUCCUAGAAGCCACGCCUAAGGAAGGCUGCUUUCCCAUGAUGCCUCAUUCCAUGUACUGCCUUCCACUAUGGCCUGGCAUCACACUGGUGCUCCUGACCAAGAUCCCCAAUAGCCAGGUGGCUAUAUCAGUGUAUGUGUACCUGGAGGCUUUUGUGAAGCUGGAGAAGCGGCUGGGUGAGGUGCAGGAGGGGUCAGUGGCCUUUAGGGGUCAGUCACCCAUUCACGACCUCCGCACCAAACUGGAGAAGUUCAUUCGCGCACUGGCCAGCAUGGACGUACAGACCACCCUGCUACAGGCUGCCUGGAAUGAGUUCAAGAACAGGGCAUUUUCCAGAUCAGGCCCUGGUAUCAGCAAAGAGUUGGUGCCUUACUGUCGAAACAUGAAGAUCCAGCUGUGUGGUGUGUAUAGGCAGUGUUUUGCCACAGAGUGUAUGGGCAACAGCCAGCGACUGUCUCCCAGUCUACAGGAGCGGGCUCAGAGCAUGGUUCAGGAAAAACUGAUGGACUGGAAGGACUUCCUGUUGGUGAAGAGCAAGAGGAAUAUCACCAUGGUUUCUUAUCUGGAAGAGUUCCCCGGUCUCGUUCACUUCAUCUACGUUGACCGCACUGCCGGUCAAAUGAUCGCCCCAUCUCUGAACGUGACCGAUCGCACUGCCUCGGAGCUUGGCAAAGGUCCCCUGGCGCAGUUCAUCAAACGCAAGGUGUGGGGGCUUGUUGCGACGGCCAGGAGAUACCUUCAGAAAGGCUACACCACCGUCACCCUCCGAGACGGAGAUUACUUCUUCUGCUACUUCCUGUGGUUUGAGAACGAGACGGGUUAUAAACUGGAAGUGGUAGAUAUCCCCAGUCUUCCUGAUGACUCUGCUCCAAUCGGAAUGCUUGCCUGGGAUUAUUACAGGAAGUUGUUGCGUUAUUACUGUAAGAGCCAUCAGAAUGAAGUGGUGAAGUGUUAUGAGCUGCUGACAGUUCACCUGGGUGUCAUUCCCAGCGAGUACAUCCUUCAGCACUGCAGUCAGCUGGCCCGCAAACUCUGGGAGCCCUCACGGAUCCCCCUCCUGUAGCCAAGCCAACCUUA